AUUACUGCGUGCUCUUCUAUAGCCUAUAGCUAGCACGAGAGUAAUGAAUUGUUCGCGAUAACGAUACGAGAUACGGAUCGAAAGACCUCGAUUAACUAAAUCCCCAGCUAAAAUCGCUUAAGUGUCUCUCGAUCGACAUUCGUCACGAUGGGCAACGCAAACUCCAGAGACAAUAAUAUGCGACGAAACGACAGGAUGACCCAGAGCAGUAGCCAGCCCGACUGUAGCAAGAGCAAAACGUCAACCAUGUCGAGCUUGGAGCGCGAUCAGCUGGGCCAACGAGGAAGCGGCGACGCUUUGUGCGCCGGACUUAUACGUGGCCUCGACCACAUAAGGGACCCGCAGCUGAACAAGGGUAUGGCAUUCACCAUCGAGGAAAGGCAGAUACUAGGUAUACAUGGUCUCCUACCGGCAGCCGUGAAAACCCAAGAAGAGCAAUUAGAACUCUGCCGUCUUAAUUUGGAACGUUACACGGACGAUCUUUCGAAAUACAUAUAUCUCAUAGGCCUACUGGAUAGAAACGAGAAGCUCUUCUACCGUUUGUUGGCAGAAGAUGUAGGUAAAUUGAUGCCGUUGGUGUACACGCCGACCGUGGGUCUGGCAUGUCAGAAAUUCGGUCUGGUUUAUCGUAGGCCGCGCGGCCUCUUCAUAAGCAUACACGAUAAAGGCCACGUCUACGACGUCCUGAAAAACUGGCCCGAACAUGACGUGCGCGCGAUCGUCGUCACGGACGGCGAGAGAAUAUUGGGAUUGGGUGACCUCGGUGCCCACGGCAUGGGCAUUCCCAUAGGCAAAUUGUCAUUGUACACUGCAUUAGCUGGUAUCAAGCCUCACCAGUGUUUGCCUGUCACUCUCGACAUCGGCACCAAUACCCAGUCUUUAUUGGACGAUCCCCUGUACAUCGGUCACAGGCACAAACGCGUCACCGGGAAAGACUACGAUGAAUUUAUAGACGAGUUCAUGAAGGCCGCCGUGAAGCGAUAUGGCGCGAAUACAUUAAUCCAGUUCGAGGACUUUGGGAAUUUUAACGCGUUCAGGCUGCUUCAAAUGUAUCGCAACGAUUAUUGCACCUUUAAUGAUGAUAUUCAGGGCACUGCCUCCGUCGCCGUUGCCGGAUUGCUAGCAUCUCUCCGCGUUACGCAGACAAAGCUCUCGGAGAACACAAUUGUAUUUCAGGGUGCCGGAGAGGCAUCGUUGGGUAUCGCGGCAUUGUGCGUAAUGACAAUGAAAAAGGAAGGGGUGAGCGAGGAGGAAGCCAAGAGCAAAAUUUGGAUGGUGGACUCGAAAGGGCUGAUAGUGAAAAAUCGUCCAAAAGGCGGACUGACGGAGCAUAAAUUGCACUUUGCUCGCGAAGAUAAUCCGAUCGAUACUCUGUUGGACGUUGUUAAGACCGCCAAACCGUCAGUUAUUAUUGGCGCAGCUGCUAUCAGGGGUGCCUUCACGACAGAAGUACUAAGAGAAAUGGCGCGUAACAAUGAUAGACCUGUCAUUUUUGCUUUAAGCAAUCCAACGAGCAAAGCAGAAUGCACUGCUGAAGAAGCGUACGUCGCUACUGAUGGAAGAUGCAUAUUCGCGAGCGGCUCGCCUUUCCCACCAGUCACGUACAACAAUAAAACUUAUUAUCCUGGUCAGGGUAAUAAUAGUUAUAUAUUCCCUGGAAUCGCACUAGCCGCAAUAUGCGCUGGUAUGCGCAUCAUUCCCGAGGAAACUUUCCUUAUUGGUGCAACAGCUCUCUCCGACUUGGUAACACAAGCCGACUUAGACAGCGGAAAUCUUUAUCCGCCGUUGGCCGACAUACAGAAAUGUUCGCUGAGUAUAGCGACUGCGAUCAUGAAAUAUGCCUACGAAAACUGCCUAGCGACUGUUUAUCCCGAGCCAACAGAUUACGAGAGUUUUAUCAAGGCGCAGCUAUAUGAUCCAAGCUAUAAGUCAUCGAUACCUCCAACUUACACAUGGCCGAAAUUGUAAUAAUACUUUCAUUAAUUUGACGACGACUUAAUUUCAUUCACAAUUAUUUCGGAUUACGGAGAAGUAACGGUAUACAUAAUGUUAAAAGCAUAAUAUACAUAAUGUUUGAGGGAAUUCUUCGCGCAACGAAUUUUUCUCGUUAUUUGAAAGCCUGUUGAUCGGGCUUAUUUUAUUUCUAACACCGCGUAUGUACGAACGUGAUCAAUAUAAAAUUAUAACAAUUUAUAGAAAUAAAUUUGUUUUUAAUAUGAAGCCAUUAUUAUUAUUAUUAUUAUUAUCAUUAUUAUAUGAAGUAAAAAUAAAGUAUAUAAACUCGAUGUAAGAAUUGAUUUGCUGGUUGAACAAAUAAAUAUCAACGCUGGUUUCA